GCAUGCCUACCGGGUCGCGCGAACCCACCACUCCACCAGCUCGCAACUCGCAGUUUGCUACGGAACGGGCUCGCAGGUUGCGUUUGCGAUUGUAUAAUCGCUGCGAGUAAAUCGCAGUUCGCGAGUUUUUGCUCAUCUCUAGUAGACAGUAUCAGCUUAGCUCAUUAGCCGACCAAAAAAAUGGGUUCUGAUAGAAAUCAGAAAUUGUAAGAAUUGAAGCUACAGAAUCGUAGCUACCAUACGCCCGUCGAGCAAGUCGAAAAAGUCUCGUCUGUAACCACCUUAACAUCGUAGCUCGAAACGUCGGUAAAGUCAUUGUCAAAGUGUGCUUAUGUUUUGGAAUUGUGAGUUUUGAUGUUUUCAUUUCUUUUCUGUUAACAAUCUUUAGAAGCAAUUUUGAUUUGCCGGAUGUAAUUACAUAAAUGGUGCUAAUUUCACUGAAACGUGCAUUGUGGCCAAAAGAUUUGUGAUUUGGACUGGAAGGGUAUUAAAAAGUUCGUAAACCAGUAUCAUAAAACAAAAAUGGAAAAAGAAAGAUUUUCACUUUUAUUGUUAGACCCUGGAGAGAUCUAUUUUGAAGAUUUUAGCGCAAUUUUUAUACCUCCAGACACUACUCCAAAAACGUAUGAUACAAAGAAACAGGAUGGUAGACUAAAAAUGUGUUCUAAAUCCUUAGUUUUUGAUCCUAAAGAUAUAAACAAACCAAUAAUAAAAAUUCCAUUGAAAGACUGCAUUAUUAUUGAACAAUGGAAAGGAUGCGCCAAAUUUUUAAACAGCAAUAAUGUGCUUAGUAUAAACUGUAAAGAACACAUUAAACUGUUAGAGAGAAACAUAAUAGCCCCAUAUCAGUUUGAAGGUCCAGAGAACUUUUUGUUUUUACUGAAUUAUGCAAAUAUCACAAAUUGUUUGCCACAGAUUUGUCAGUUACACAGAGCAAGUACUUUACCUGCUGCAGAACAGGCGGAUAUGAUAGCUACUAUUGUCCACUCAAGACAAGCUAGGGACAAUUUUGACCCUAGGUGGAUGGAUUUGUAUGAAAAAAUCAUAAUGGAAACCCAAGCAGACAAGGUGACGCCUCUUGUGGUGAACCCUGGCAGAGUGGUUUUGACAACUUCAAAACUUUAUUUUCAACCCUACAACAAAAUGGGAGAGUAUCCAGUGAAAAUAGACUUAAAAGGCAUAAAAAGAAUAAUCAAAAGAAGGUUUCUACUCAGGCAUAUUGGCUUAGAAAUUUAUUCCAAUGAAAAUUCCACAAAUCCUCAUAUAUAUUUUUCAUUCCGAAGUCAGUCGCAAAGAGAUAGUCUGUAUGAAAGUAUGUUGCAACAACCUGAGCUGAAACUUGAAGAUAUUAGACAGGAUGUUAUCACAUUGCAAUGGCAGAAUGGUGUCAUUUCAAAUUAUGAAUAUCUAUUAUACAUAAACAGCAUUGGAGAUAGGACUAUAAAUGACCUUACACAAUAUCCUGUAUUUCCAUGGAUAGUAUCCAACUAUACAUCUUCAGAUCUUGACCUCACUGACCCUGGAAAUUUUAGAGAUCUCUCGAAACCUAUUGGUGCACUCAAUGAAGUUCGUUUGGAAAGAUUGCUGGAUAGGUACAAUGAAAUGUCCCAUCCGAAAUUCAUGUAUGGUUCCCACUACUCGACGCCAGGGUUCGUACUGUAUUACCUGGCAAGGUUGUAUCCCCACUACGUACUAUGUCUACAAAGUGGAAGGUUCGAUCAUCCUGACAGAAUGUUCAACUCGGUAGCCGACGCGUUCAAGAACUGUUUGAACAACAUGUCUGAUUUCAAAGAGUUGAUUCCCGAGUUCUAUGACGUUUCGGCCGAAGGAAAGUUUUUGAUGAAUAAUAUGGGAAUCAACUUUGGGUACAGACAUAAUUACGUGAAGGUUGGAGAUGUAGAAUUACCUCCCUGGGCGAGCAGCCCUAAGGAGUUUGUAGAGAAAUUGAGGGAAGCUUUAGAAAGUGAAUAUGUAUCAAGGAAUUUGCACCAUUGGAUUGAUUUCAUAUUUGGAUACAAACAAAAGGGGGAAGAAGCUAUCAAAGCACAUAAUUUGUUUUAUUAUCUCUGUUAUGAAGGAGCGAUAGAUCUUGAUUCCAUAUCAGAUCUGAAUCAGAGACAUGCAUUAGAGGUGCAAAUCAUGGAGUUUGGACAAAUUCCUAAACAGCUAUUUACCGUGCCUCAUCCUCAAAGAAAGAUUAUUGGGCCUACUACUUUGGUAGAACCGUAUCAGGUGGAAGAAAAUGAAACUGAAUCUCGGGACAGAUGGAAACGUUUAAAAGACUUCAAAAUGCACACAAGUUUUAAUACCCACAAAAAUUCCGUCAGCUAUCUUUUUAUCAGCGAUGAUGGUGAAAGAAUUACUUCAGUUGGCCACGAUUCGAAGUUGAAAGUGUUCUCAUUGGUGCAAAAUAAGCAAAUCAGGAGUGCCAACAUCGGAAAUUUGCCUUUAAGCAGCUGCUUGCAGCUGCCUAAUGUCAACGUGAUAGUUGUGGCGAGUUGGGAUAAUGAAAUUUCUUUAUAUGACAUGGACUAUGGACGAGUCAAAGAAAGUGUGCUAGCUCACGAAGACGCCAUUACGUGUCUGUGUUUUUCUGAAAAAACAAAUGUCUUGGUAUCUGGCAGUGCUGACUGUAGCGUCAAAGUAUGGAAGGGAUUCAAUAGCAAUGGCGUAAUAAAACCUAUACAGUGCCUGCAGAAGCAAAUUGACCACAACUCUCAAGUCAAUUGUCUCAGCUACAACCAAGAUAACAAUCAUCUAGCAGUGGGCACCCAAGAUGGCGAAAUUUACAUUUGGGCAAUGACAGAUUUCACACUGUUCAAAAAACUAACACUUCACGCCUCUAGCGUCGAUGCAAUAAGUUACAGUCCUGACGGAUUGAAGUUGGCAAUUGGAUUCAACAAUAAAGCCUUCCAAAUAAUUGACGUGAAUAGCGGCAUGCCCGUCUUUAACACAAGACUGGACUCUAGGAUAACCUCCAUGGAAUGGAGCGAUUUUCUGCUGAUUCUUGGUUGUGAAGAUGGUACCCUGUCUGCUUGGGAUAUAUUUGAAGUUAGGCAGCUUUUGGAGAUCCAAGCACAUGAAGGUGCGAUCAAAACAGUUGACAUAUCACCUCAGAAGGAUUUUAUAGCAACAGGUAGUCAAGAUCGUGUGAUAAAGGUUUGGAAACCAGUCAUGCAGUCAUGAUUUUUUAUACUUUAUUGUUUCGUAAGAUUUUAUAUUUUACCAAAAACGAGUUGAGCAAGUAUGUUGUGAUAUUUUUAUUAACAAAUGCGUUUUCUUUUUAAU